AUGUUAUACAGAAUAUUUACCAUUCUCUAAUUAUUUCUUUUGACAUUAUAAGAAUGCUGUAUGAUAAAACUUAUAAUUAGCAAAAUUAUAGAGUGAAUACUCAAUUUAUGCAAGCGUUGAAGAAAUAUAUGAAUGGAACAUAAGAGAAACAUUUUUUUCUGGAGAAAAUUUAGAUUUUUCUCUGUCUGAGAAACCAUCAAAAUAUUUUGAAAUCAGAUAGCCGUUGACUUUAUUGGGGUCUUGGAUGCAUAAAGCAUGUUAUUAUAGAAUAAAAUAAUUAUAGUUGGUGAAAAAGUUAUAUCAUUAAAGCCUUAUAUCAAUUAAUUAACUGGAGCUUGGCUAAAUAGCUUUGUAUUUAUAGAAUAAGAUGCAAUUUCUGUAGAUAUCUUUUAUUCAUUAGGGUAUUCAACAUAUAUAUAUUAUAAGGUAACCAACUGAUAAUGACAAGGUUCCUUAGUUUAAUAAUUAUAUUAAAGUAGAAAAAUAAGAUCCAAAUUUUAGAUGUUCAGAUGUUGACUUUCUUUCUUAAACUAAGUAUAUUAUUGAUUGUACGAAUUUGAAUAAAAGUUACUUUGUGGAAGUAGAUACAUCAGGAAAUGUAACAUUUAUAGAAAACAAUUAAAAAUAUGAUUCACCAUCCAUUCGAAAAAUAUUGGUUCAUACUUUUAAUUAUGAAACUGGUUCAUUAUAACUAAUAUUAAGAGGACAAUAUUAAGAAGGCAAAGGGUCCUUUAUUGAAGUUUUUUAAAUUAAAAAUGGUAAUAUUACAACAGAUCCAUGGCUAACACUAGAUUCUGAAAGUUUGGCAACUUUAUUAAAUUAAUAAUCAACCUUUAAUUUUGUAUUUCUAGAUAUGUAAAUUGAACCAAAUGGAGAUAUAUUUAUUUUAGACUCCUUUAAUGGAAUAUAUGUUUUAAAAAUUUUAUAGGCUUAGAAAUGGUUAGUUAAGGAAUGGUCUAGAUUAAAUUAUGGAUAAUAAAUAUAUGCCUUUGAUUUUAAUUAUUUAUUUAGCUAAAAUGGUUAAAUAGCUUAAUUAGUUUUAGUUUAUGAAGAUAGAAUUUAAUAUUUUUAAAAUAAUCAACCUAAAUCAAUAUUAAAAUUACCAGGUGACGUCAAAUAAUAAAAUAUAUAAAUAGAAAUAAGUUAAAAAUAUAUAGUAUUAAAAUAUUAAGAAAAAAUAUAUAUUUAUGAUUAGAAAUAGCUUCUUUAUACGUUUAUUGAAAAUGUUGUAGAUAUUAUGAUUAUUAAUCCUUAUGAACCUGAUCUGAUUGGAAUUAAUUUUGUAUCCACACAUAGAUUUUUAAUUAAUGAUGGAAUUCUAAGAUUGUAUUAAUAGGAUUCAAAAACAGAUUAAUAAUAUCUUACACAAAUAAUUGCCAAAUCAAAAUCUGGAAAUAUUUGUACUGUAGACAUAAAAAUUCAAAUUGUUUAUAAGAACGAUACCUAACUUUAUGAAACUGGACACAAUGCACUUCCAUAAGCCUUAACUAUUCCAUCUGAUCCAAUAAAUGUUGAUUUAUUAGCAAUAGGACCAGACAUUUCAUACCAACCAUUAGAUGAUUAAUCUUCUCAGAAAAUUUAUAUUGAUAUUCAAGAAAUGUGGAAAUUAAACAUUAAAAUAUAAUAAGAACAUAUUAUUUUUACAGAUAUAUAUGAGAUAAAUUCGGAAUCAUUUUAUCUAUUAUAAUAAUAAGAUUCAAAAGAUGCUUAUAUUUAUUAAUGUUAACAUAAUUAAUUGAAAAAUGUUUAAGCAGAAUGCACUGAACUUAAAAAGGUUUCAUUCAAAAGCAUUCUCACAAAAAGCACUUUUCAUUGGUGGUUUGAAAUUAAAAAGAUAUUUUUCGUUAUUUAAGAAUCAGAAAACCAAAUACAUUUAUAUAGUUUUGAUAAAGAAACAGCUUAAUUUGUAGAAUAAGAGAAAUUAACAUUAGAUGAAAAAAUUUUAUCAUUUAAUGUACUUUAUAGUAAAAUGUUUGUUGUAAUAUAAAAUAAGAUUUAAAUUUAUGACUAAUUCAUCCCUUUUAAAUUAGCCUAUACUAUUUCUGAUAUUAUAUCUCCAAAAAAUGUAUUUGGAAAUAGAUUAAUUGAUAUUAUUUUUAUCUAAACCCCCACUUAAGUAAUUAUUGGAAAUGCUGCUCUGUUAUCUAAUAGUGGUACUUUUACAAUAAUUAAAUAAAUCAAUACAAUAGUUGAUGCUUAGAUUAAAAUAGCUAUAGGUAAAGACUAUUUCUAUAUAAUAUAAAAAUCGGCAAAAGAAUUUAUAAUUGAUGAAUACAACUACAAACAUCUGUAAGUUAUAUAUAAAACAAAGAGUCUUCCUUUAUAUAAUUAUAAAAUAUAAGAUACUAUUGUAGCUGAUUCAUGUGAAGAAUCAGGAUGGCUAUUUGUAAGAUGCUAAGAUGAAAAAUAAACAGUGAUUUUGAUUUAUGAACCAGGAGUUUUGUCUCAUCAAUCAUUAAAAAAAGUGAUAAAACUUGGAAAUAUAGUAAAUGCAACAGUUGAAGUUGAUGGAGGACUUUAAAUGUUUUUGCACUAUUCAUAACAAGUUUAUUCAGUUUUAUAAGAUUCUUUAUUAUAAGUAAAGAGUAAUUUACAUUCUGAUAAUUAUGUAAAUAAAAUGGUAACUGGUGUAAAGGCAUCAAAUGAAUAAUUUAGCAAGAACAUUUAAUAAUAAAUAUUUUUUUUGGAUACACAUAGCCAGCCUAUUUUUGAAAAUUCUCAAAAUCAAACUUUUAAAGUGAAAAAAGAUAGUAAAUCAGCAUAAUUGAAUAUUGAUAAGACCUUAUAUACUGGGUAAAUAACUCAAAUAUAAAUUGAUUGUAAAUCUUGUUUUUAAGCAAAAUUAUUACCACCGAUAAUGAACAUUAGUGAUGGUUAGAAUCUUUAUUUUAAUAUAAUUGAUGGAUUAUUAUAUGAUGUUAGUUAUGCUGUCUUUUUAACAUCUAAGUAGUUAAUAUUUACUAACAAGGAUGGAUAAUUUAAUAAAGUUGUUAAUUUGAAUCUAUCAAUUUUAGAACAAGGGGAUGGAUUAUUUAUUUCUGAAGAUAAGAAAUUCCUUAUAGUUUCCAUUCUUGCUUAGGUUCCAUCGAUUGUAAUUAUUGAUUGUGGAACUAAUUUGGAAUGUACUAUUAUUUCAAAGAUUAGUGUUCCAAACGCAAAUAGAAUAAGUGGAUUGUAAUUGUUCAAUAAUAACCACUUAUUUAUUCUGAAUAGCAAUCCUUAAGAUUAUACACAAUUUGAAUCAUCUAUUUAGGCAUAUUAUAUAAAUGCUGAUAACACUUUAACUUUGAGUAGAAGUAUCACAGCUUAAUUGUUAAAUUUAAAUUCAUUGAGAAUUGCUAGUUUUUAAGUGGUUAAGCACAAUUCUUUCUAUUCAGUCUUUUUUACAGACUAAAAUUUUGGUUUAAGAAUUAAUCACUUUAAAUUACUUGAUUUAAGUUAUAUAUAAAAUAUAGAAUUUUUAGAUUUGAUUAACUUUUAACAUGAUAAAUUUUAUGUUCAUUAAGAUACAGAAUUCUUAUCUAUAAGAUUAGUUUCAUCUGAAACUUCAGGAACACUUUAAAUUUUUAAUUUGUUGAUCUAGACAAAUAACGCUGCAUAAUAUAUAUUUAGUAUUCCUUUAGAAAUCGGAAAUGUUCCUGAUUUAAUUCUAGAUAAGAUUAAGUUAAAAUUUAUUUUAACUCCAUUUGGAACUUGGACAUCUGUAAAUAAGAUUGCAGUAUCUCUAAAUUAUAUUUUAAUACCAUAUAGAUAAGGAUAAGAAGCAAUAAUUGUUAUGUAUGAAUUAUCCAAUAGCAAUUCUUCAACAACUAUUACUAGUAAUUAUGCUUUAUAUGAAAACUAUUAAGGAAUUUUAUCUACUUAAAUUGUUUUGAUUAUUGAACUAGAGUAAAAUAACACAUACUUCUUUACUAAUUUAAAAUAUGAUGAAGCAAGAGGUAUUCAUACUUUAAUGAAAUAUUAAUAUUAAUCAAAAAUAAUCAUAAGUUUUGAUGAUCUUACUUUAGUUGAAGAAUAACCAAUUUAAAUCACAGUAAGUAAUUAUUAUGGAAAAUCUUCAGGAGUAGUAAAUUUGGUUUAUUUCAAUGAUAAUGAUGAUGAUAAUGAUGAAAACUCAGAGUAAAAAUUAUUAUAAUUAUUUUAUAGUCUUUCAUGGGUUUGGAUUUUAGUAGGUGUAUUAGGUGGUAUCAUCAUACUCUUAGUAACUUUUUGUUUAAUUUUGUAUUUCUGGAACCGUAGAAAUAAAAAAUCUUUGGUUUUAUUAACAUGAUAAGUAUAAAUUUGC